CAAGCGUUCUAGAAUUCUCUCUGAAGCGUGAGUUUCUGUUGGUGUAUGCAAGUGCGCGAGGCGAUUAAGAUUUUCUCCUCCUCUCAGGAGACUGAUCUCCUUGGUAGGAGUGUUAAGAAGAUUAAAGGGGCCGAGUCUGUGCACUCCCUAGGCGAGGCCCCAAUGAUGGAGGCCAAUGUUCAACCGAGGGAGGCAACUUCCGUUCCGGAGGAGGGUACUGUCAAUGUUACUAUGGUGGAUGUAGCUCACACCGGCAUCAAAGGGGAAACCCAGCAUGACACUAAUAUGUUAGACGGUGAUGGUCACCAAGAAACUAUAGGACCCAUGUCUUAUAAAGACAAACUUAGAGGAUCGGAAAACCCUGUCGCUAUUUCCUUCUCUACUAUCCCUGCUUAUAUGGACGAAGACUCAGACGUGGAUGAUGAUCCAAAUGAUGAUUCCCCUGUUGUUCUUUUAUCGAAGGAGGAAAAACAGAGAAUUAGAGCUCCAUGGAUGAAUGCUUUAAUCGUUGAAGAAGAUCUACAUCGACUUAUCUUCGGUGGGCCAUGGUUUGUUGGACCCUAUUUCAUGACUUUGCGCAGGUGGGAACCUCAUUUUGUCCCUUCAGAGGCUCUUCAAUCUUUCACCACGAUAGCGGUGUGGGCUCAGUUGCCAAAUCUAUCUGCGGAUUAUUACGAUCCCUCCACUCUACAAAAAAUUGGCAACAAAGUUGGAAAUCUCCUACGAGUGGAUGCUCAUACAGCCCACCAUACAAGGGGGCAAUAUGUUCGAAUUGGUAGACACAGACAAAAAGUAUUGUACGAGGGAGUUAAUGCACUCUGUUUUUCUUGUGGACGCAUUGGCCAUCCGAAUUCCCAGUGUACUAAAAAAUGUUCCUCACCAGCUGGUGUUAAUGCUUUUACCCCUCCUUUGACACAAUCUGAUAACCACAUUGCUAAGGAAGGGCAACUUUUCAGAUCUGAACCAAGCUCUACUAGCCUUGAAUCUCCAAGCACAAGUGAUUUACAACAAGAAUGUGCUAAUUCAGACAAGAGGCUAAUUGAGCAGGAUGAAUUUUGUCCGUGGUUGUUGGUUGAGCGACGCCGAUCUAGGAGAAGAUCAAACCAAACACAGGUACAAUCGGAAAAGUCACCUCCAGCAAGGAAUGAGAUUCGCGGGUCGGGUUUGAACAUUCGGCGUAGUGAGACUAAACAACAAUCGGGUCCAACGGCCUCUUCACCCAAUGGUUCCAAUGGUGGUUCAUUAAAUGCUGAUAAGAUUGGUACAGGCUCUCCUUCAAUGGUCGCUAAAAGCCUACCCGUGAAUAGUAAUUAUGAGCACAAAGCCAAUUUGAAAAAUCAAACACGUGGUGGUGGUGUAGGCUUACAAUAUGUUAGAAAAGGGACAACAAAUAGAUGGAAUGCUAAAUCUGGGUCGAACUCUAAAGUGUCUAUUCAGUCCAACUUAAUGAACAAAGGCCCAUCAGCUCCUCUGAACUGCUCUUCAAAUGUGCCUGUGGUGGAUAAGCCCACCUGUAUAAAUGAUCCGUAUGAGGAAUCUAUGUGCUUGGUUAAUAAGGCCCACUUGCCUUCUUCCAACAUAUCCACAGGGUUGAUGACGGAGGCCCCUCCAUCUUCUGUUUCUCAUUCCCCAUUGGCCCCCCUUCUUCCUCCUCCCACCCCGCCCACCAGUGCUGAUCUUACACAUGGAACAUCGAUUCCUCCAGCUGGACCACAACCUCGAGGCUUUCUUGACAUACAAUGGAAGCUUCCUCCAACUGGAGUCAGCGUGGAACCAGAUUCUUCCAACCCCACCACCGUUUCCGUGCUCUUGGAACGACUUUCAAAUAACCCGAGCCUGGAGACGACCAAUUCUUCUUCCCAAGGGCCUAAACCCCCGUCUGGUACUACCGUUUCUUCCACCACAACCCACAGUAGUUGCAAAGAACUGGGAUCAUUGCUCCGUGUGGGAUCUAAUUUGCAACGCAAGCGAAGAACCAAUCGGAAGGAUGGUCACCCCUAUCAGGCCCCUGCAGUUAACUUGCCCAACAAUGUGGAAACAUUGCUACUGUAUCCAACUCAAGGGACAAAUGAGGCAAGUCCAUCUUCUAGCUCUACUCAGCCGACCACCUCUAGAGACUUGGGAAAUGGAGUACAAGUUGUCCCUGAUUCCAUUCCAUUUUCUGGAUGCACAGAUGGUCACGUCACCGGGGCAGCUAGCGAAAGUUUUAAGCGUCAUGUCAUGGAUUUGAAGGCUACUCACAAUCCUUACAUGAUGUUAAUUAUAGAAACUAAGGUUGCAGGAGAUAGAGCUAAAGCUAUUGCUUCUCAUAUAUACCCUAAUUAUCAUGUGGUAGAUGCAGAUGGCUUUGCUGGUGGUCUUUGGCUGCUUUGGGAUGCUUCUCAAAUCUCAAUUGAUAUCUUGGCAGAUAGUGAUCAAGCAAUCCAUGCCGUUGUUAAGGUAUGUAGUCAAUCUUCUCUUGCUUCCAUUAAUUGGAUUUUCUCUGGUGUUUAUGGCAGGCCACAAUUUGAACUUCGGUCUAAGCUCUGGCAAGAGCUUAGGACUUUGUCUCCCUACUUUAAAGGUCCUUGGGUUAUUGCGGGGGAUUUUAAUGAGGUGGUGGAUCAAUCAGAGAAGUUUGGAGGGGCUCCCAUUAACCAACAUCGAGUUCAAGCCUUUACCUCCUGCAUGAAUGAUUGUCAAAUGCUGGAUUUAGGGUUCACUGGAGGGAGGUUUACUUGGGCUAACAUGCAAUCGGAUGGCCAUAUUAUACGUGAACGCCUUGAUAGGGUCUGGGGUAAUGCAGAUUGGAAACUCUAUUUUCCGGAGGCUUCUGUCUUUCAUCUUCCUCGAGUCCAUUCUGAUCAUAAUCCAUUACUUCUUGAUCUUGAACCCUUCAAGCCUUCUUUUGGCAAACGUCCUUUCCGGCUUGAAAAAUUCUGGAUGGAUCAUCCGGAAUUUCAAAAUUUGGUUCAGGAUUGUUGGGGAAUUGAGGAUAAUAAUACUAGUCAAUGCCUUGAGACUAUGAUGAAGAAAGCCAAAUUAUGGAGUCGUACCACAUUUGGCAGCCUUUUUAAGAGGAAGAAGCAAAUUCUUGCUCGUUUGGAGGGCAUUCAUAGGUUUUUAUCUACGAAGCAUUGUUCUUUCCUUACUUCCUUAGAGAAGGAUCUUGUAAAUGAAUACUCUAAAAUUCUUAAAUUGGAAGAAGAUCUUUGGUUUAUGAAGUCUAGAACUAAUUGGAUCCUUGAUGGGGAUAGAAACUCUAGAUUUUUUCAUGUUACCACCUUGAAACAUAGAUCUCAUAACAAGAUCUUGGGUCUGAAAGACGCUGUUGGAGUUUGGACCUAUGAGCCAAGUGAGAUUAGCAACAUUUGUAGAAGCUACUUUCUUGACCUGUUUUCGUCUUCGCUCAUGCAUUCCUUCUCCAAUUCUUACCAGUUGGCUAAUCUCACUCCUAAUCAUCAUCCUAUUGAUUCGCAUCACCUUGCUGAUCUACCAACUGAGGUUGAGAUUCGAUUGGCUAUUUCCUCCUUUAAACCUUUUAAGGCCCCUGGGCCUGAUGGGGUUCAUCCCUUUUUCUAUCAAAGGUUCUGGCAAGAUAUUAGAUCUAAGUUAUGUUCGGAUAUCAUUGGCGCCUUCUCCUCUGGUGCUAUCCCGAUGGGAUGGAAUAAUUGUCUUAUCUCUUUUAUCCCUAAAGGAAAGGCCCCUAGUUCUAUUACUCAAUUCCGACCUAUUGGGUUGUGUAAUACCUCCUAUAAAGUUAUCUCGAAGAUCCUGGUGAAUAGGCUUAGACCUAUUCUUGAUUCCUUGAUAUCGCCUUGCCAAGCUAGCUUCAUUCCUGGACGUCGUGGCUCUGAUAAUGUCAUUAUUCUUCAAGAGCUUGUUUACUCUUUCUCUAAGAAAACAGGCAAAGUGGGUGAUCUCAUCUUUAAGAUUGACUUAGAGAAAGCCUAUGAUUGCCUUGAGUGGAGCUUUAUCCGGGAGACUCUACUAUUUUUUCAAUUUCCUCCCAAAAUUAUUGAUUUAAUCAUGUCUGCCAUUUGUACAUCUUCUGUUUCUGUGCUUCUUAAUGGUGACAGAACUGAACCCUUUUCUCCUUCUAGAGGCAUUCGUCAAGGGGAUCCACUCUCGCCAUAUAUUUUUAUCCCGUGUAUGGAAUUCCUCGCGCUAACCAUUACUAAGGCUUCCUCCCUUGGCUACUGGAAAGGGUGUAAAGCUGGAAGGGGAGGCCCCUUGCUUUCCCACCUCUUCUUUGCUGACGACCUCUUGUUUAUUGGGAAAGCUACCAAAAAUAACUGUCUCUUCCUUAAGUCUGUUCUGGAGUUUUUUUCAAGUAGAUCUGGACUUAAGAUCAACCCUCUUAAGUCUUAUGUUUUCUUCUCAAAAAAUACCCCUUUAACUGUGCGGGAAGAAAUUUGUAGUGUUAUGGGUUUUUUGCAAAAAGAUUCCCUUGGAAAGUAUCUAGGCAUCCCGAUAUCAUCCAAAAGGCCUUGCAAGCAAGAUUAUGUCUUCAUUUUGGAUAAAGUUCGUGCUAAGCUUGAAGGAUGGAAGGUUAGGUUUUUCUCUUUAGCUGGUAGAAUUACUCUCAUUAAUUUUGUUAUGGCUUCCAUUCCUCUCUUUUAUAUGCAGUCUACCAUGCUUCCUGCUUCUAUUCUUUCGGAGUUGGAUAAGAUAUCGAGGGACUUUCUUUGGGGGUCUAAUCCGGACCAUCGCAAACUGCAUUUGAUUAGUUGGGAUAAGGUAUCUGUCCCAAAAUCUUUAGGGGGCUUAGGAAUUAAAAGUGCUAAGGAAACAAAUCUGGCUGCCAUGGCAAAGCUCAAUUGGAGAUUUUUCUCUGAGAAGGAUAAGCUCUGGAAUUCUGUUCUUAUUAGGAAAUAUAAUAUUAACUCUCAUCCAUCUAUCUUGCCUACUUACAGCUCUCCUGUCAUGAGGAACCUCAAGAAAGACUGUUGGCUCUUUAAUACUCCUCUCAACUCUAUUCUGGUUGGACCUUUGUCGAGGAGUGAUGAGGACCUACGGGUGGCAGAUGUAUUCUCCUGUGUUGACUUUAACUCCUCCCUUAUAUCCUACCCUCUUCCUGACACUAUUCUAGAAACUAUUAAAGCCAACCCCAUUUCAAAAAUAGGGCUUGGCAAUGAUUCGUACUCAUGGAAAAGGUCUUGUGAUGGGUCCUUUUCCAUGAAAGUUGCUUAUCUUAUGGCGAAAGGUGUGAAUCCUAACCCUGUUAUGAAUUGGAAUUGGAUUUGGAAGAUUCAUACUCUACCUAAAAUUCAAUGUUUCAUUUGGCUGUUAUGUUAUGAACGCCUAAAAACUCUUGAUCUUCUCUCUAGAUUGGGCAUUGUGGAAUCUAAUGUGUGUCCCAUGUGUCUUGUGGCUAAGGAAACUUGUGAUCAUCUCUGUAGAGAAUGUCCUUCCUCUUCAUUUAUCUGGCAUACUUUUUUUCCUCAAGGAACAGUUGGCCCUAGCAAUUCCUUAUUCCAGUGGAUCAAAGAUAACUGUUUGAGCAAGAAUAUGUGUCCUACUAUCCCAAUCCCCUGGGGAACGGUCUUUAGCUUUAUUCUUUGGAGUAAUUGGCUGCAAAGGAACAAUAAACUUUAUUCCUCUGAUGUCUUUGAACCGAAUUAUAUUAUCUCUAUUAUUCGGGAUAAAGUUUAUGAAUUUUACUCAGCUUCACCCUUGCCUUCUCCUAAGAAUACUCAAAAGGAAUCUAGACUAGUUUGUUGGGAGAAACCUCCUGAGGGAUACUGUAAACUAAACACCGACGGGUCAGCUCAUGGAAACCCAGGUCCUGCCUCUGCUGGUGGAGUCAUUAGAGAUCAUCUGGGUAGAUGGAUUGUUGGAUUUGCCUGCAAGAUUGGUUAUGCCUCUUGCUUGCGUGCUGAACUCUAGGGGAUUAGAGAGGGACUUCUCUUGGUUUAUCAGAGGAAUAUCCAGAACUUAAUUGUUGAAGUUGACUCUUUUGUUGCAACUCAGUUAUUAUCUUGUUGCGUUUCACCUCAUCAUCCUCUUUACUCCCUUAUUUUGGAUUGCAGGGAGAUCUUGUCUAGAAUCCCCCGGUCUCGUAUCCAACAUGCGUACAGAGAAGCUAAUCAGUGCGCUGAUGCUCUGACUGUAGUGGCUCAUUCACUUCCUGUGGAUUUUGUUUCUUUUGAUUGCUGUCCUCCGGGACUUCUUUUGUACUAUGAAGCUGACAUGAGGGGAACUUGUUUUCCCAGGACUUAGUGUAUUAUGUAUUGUUUUUAAUGCAA